CAUGCUCCCAAACCUGUGAAAGUUCAGAAACUUGUCGUUGUUUAUUCGUAUCGACUGGAUACAUCCGCCGAAAAGUUCGCGAGUCCACACAUGCCAUGGAUACCGACUGACCUGGUCAAUGCUUCCGAUAUAAGUGUACGUCGCGAAGCGAGCCUGAUGGGCUCGGUCACCUUGGUCGAUGUCGACUUCGCGGCCGUUGAACUUCACCUGCACACGAAAAACAUGAGACACGGGUCAAAGGUUUACACAUGCAUUUUAGCCUACUCUGAUCCUCACACCUGCGUAUGGACAUUCAUACACAUGAGUUGCGGUGUAGACAUCCUGGAGGUGGCUGAAGAAUUCGAGCUUGUUCGGCCGAUCCCCAUCGAGCAUAACUUGAUUGACAACACCGGCUUACAUUCGGUAGAUAUAAGCGAAUGGCCAAUCCUGAGACCUUCUAUUUUGGUCUUAUCAGAAAAUAUUUGUGAUGAGGGUUCUAAAUAG